ACGAAGCAGAGACCUCGUAUUUUUCGAAGGCAAUAAACAUUUCUGAAUUUUGACGGACAUAGCGUAAGAUAAGCAAGUACACACAAACACAGCCAGCUCAACCCAAUCAUCCACUCCUCCUCUUUCUGCCAUUCCAAACGAAAAGAAGACUACGAACUCCUCUGCUUGUUUCAGAUCUUCCCUCACUGUUUUGUUCUUUUCAUUCUCUGCACAGAGGGUUGUUCCUUUCCUUUCUCCAUCUUCGACCAACUGCCCAAUCAUCAAGUCUUAAACUUGAUUUUGUAAGCGACUCAUGUCGGUUUGGAGAUAAUAAAGAUCCAUCAUGGUUACAAAAGGGAACCCGGGAGACAACAGAAACAAUAAGGGUCCCAUGCCUGUUUUCACGGUAGUUGGCUUGUGUGCUUUCUUCUAUAUAUUAGGCGUAUGGCAGCGGAGUGGUUUUGGAAAGGGAGACAGCAUAGCGGUGGCAAUUAACAGAGAAACGGAUUGCAGUGUUCUGAGUGAUCUUAGCUAUGAAUCCCAUCGCGAUGGUGAAGCUGGAGCGCCUGAUGCUCCCGAAGGAGGAGUCAAGGAGUUCAAGCCAUGUGAUGAUCAAUACAUUGAUUAUACUCCUUGUCAUGAUCAAAGACGAGCAAUGACAUUCCCCCGCGAAAAUAUGAUGUAUAGAGAAAGGCAUUGUCCUCCUCAAGAAGAAAAACUUUAUUGUCUCAUACCAGCUCCUAGAGGAUAUGCAACCCCAUUUCCAUGGCCCAAGAGCCGUGAUUAUGUUCCCUACGCGAAUGCCCCUUACAAGAGCUUGACAGUGGAGAAGGCUGUGCAAAACUGGAUACAAUAUGAAGGAAAUGUUUUCAGGUUUCCUGGUGGAGGCACACAGUUUCCCCAAGGAGCUGAUGCUUAUAUUGAUGAACUAGCAUCUGUUAUUCCACUCGACAAUGGCAUGGUUAGAACUGCUUUAGAUACUGGUUGUGGGGUUGCUAGUUGGGGGGCAUACCUGUUUAAGAAAAAUGUUGUUACAAUGUCAAUUGCACCAAGGGACUCUCAUGAAGCACAAGUGCAAUUUGCUUUAGAAAGAGGUGUUCCGGCUAUCAUUGGCGUUCUUGGAACCAUCAUGUUGCCUUUCCCUUCUGGAUCAUUUGACAUGGCACAUUGUUCUCGCUGUUUGAUUCCAUGGGGUGGAAAUGAUGGUAUAUAUAUGAAGGAGGUUGAUCGAGUUCUCAGACCUGGUGGUUACUGGAUCCUUUCUGGCCCUCCAAUCAGCUGGAGGAAUAGCUACCGAGCAUGGCAGCGUCCUGAAGAUGAGCUUGAGGAGGAGCAAAAGCAGAUUGAGGAUAUUGCUAAACUUCUUUGUUGGGAAAAGAGACAUGAGAAGGGUGAAAUCGCUAUAUGGAGAAAAAGAUUAAAUACUGAUGAAUGCACUGAACAAGAAGCUCAAUCUUCAACAUGUGAUGCUACAAAUGCCAGUGAUGUCUGGUACAAAAAGAUGGAAAAUUGUAUAACUCCUACUAAAACUAAUGGUUCGUGGAAGCCAUUCCCAGAGAGACUCAAUGCUAUUCCUUCCAGAAUAACAAGUGGAUCUGUUCCUGGUCUAUCUGUAGAGAUAUUUGUGGAUGAUAAUCGAUCAUGGAAGAAGCAUGUAAACGCUUAUAAGCGGGUCAACAAAAUCAUUGACUCGGGAAGGUAUCGCAACAUAAUGGACAUGAAUGCUGGUCUGGGGAGUUUUGCUGCUGCCAUGGACUCUCCGAAAUUAUGGGUUAUGAAUGUUGUGCCUACAAUCGCAGAGAAAGCUAACCUUGGUGUUAUAUUUGAGCGUGGAUUGAUUGGCAUUUAUCACGAUUGGUGCGAAGCCUUCUCCACAUAUCCCAGGACCUAUGACCUAAUCCAUGCAAAUGCUGUUUUCAGCUUAUACAAGAAUGAGUGCGGCGCAGAAGACAUUUUAUUGGAGAUGGAUCGUAUAUUACGGCCUGAAGGAGCUGUAAUAAUUCGAGAUGAUGUUGGCGUGCUAAUGCGGGUGAAGAGAAUUGUGAGAGGAAUGAGGUGGAAAACGAGAAUGGUGGAUAAUGAGGAUGGUCCAUUGGUUUCAGAGAAGGUUUUGUUUGCAGUCAAGCAGUAUUGGGUUGCAGGUGACAACAGUACAAGCUCACUGUGAUUAACGUAAGCAUUAAGCAGAGUUAUUGGAAUGGAACAAUCGUUUCCAAACACACUUCUAAUUGCAUGUACUUUGGAGUUUGUCUAGCUGGGUGAGAGCUUGGAGACAUGAAAUUGCCGGGUGCCGAAGAUAUUAGUGGCCGUAUGUUUAAUUUUGUUAAAUUGCAGAGUGAAUAAGUGAGCAAAAACAUAAUAAUUAGUGAAUGCGUUGAGUGUAAUUAGCGAGAGAAAACCGUUAGUUAGGUUUUUUGUUUGUUUGUAAUUUGGUUUUGUUUGUAUGAAUGUAAUUUUUACCAUCAUAAA